AGACUGCCAUUGGGCCCAUAGUGGCUCAGGCGCUAGAGAAGGGCAGGGAGUGGGAAGACGUGAAGCUGCAGGGGGGGGUGAGUUGCUCAUCCUUGUGACCCAGAAUAUCUCCCCCUCCCUGUAAUGAUGAGCUUGCUUUUCCAUAAGGGCUUUCCUUUGAUUCAGAGAAGGGGCCAACCAAUGAGAGAGGGGCAUGCUAGAUUAUUUUGGGGAAGGGCUCAUGCCAGGAGGGUUCACUUUUACUAGACGCCAAGUAGCCCCAGCAACCAGUGUCUCCUGUACCAGCAGCAGCUCCGGAGCUCUCAGCCACUCGCCUGCCUCUGCCGCGCCUCUGCCCACUGCACAGCCAUGAGAAGGCAGCUCCGGUCCAGGAGGGCUCCGACCUUGCCUUACGGUUAUCGCUACAGACUUGAUGAUCAGGAUGAAGUGAACCAGAACUACUUAGCAGAUGAAGAGGAAGAAGCAGAAGAGGAGGCUAGGGUGAUGGUGGUACCUGAUUUGGAGGAGGAGGAGGAAGAAGAGGAGGAGAAAGAAGAGGAUGAAAAGGAGGAGGAAGAGAGUCACAGUCAGGAAACCGACAGUGCCUGGUGGCGGAAACUGCAGAUUGUGAAUGAAUACCUGUGGGAUCCGGAGAAAAGGACGUCUCUGGCCCGAACAGGUCAGAGUUGGAGCCUGAUCUUAGUCAUUUACUUCUUCUUCUAUGCCUCCCUGGCUGCUGUGAUCACUCUCUGCAUGUACACGCUAUUUCUGACCAUCAGUCCUUACAUGCCGACCUUCACUGAGAGGGUGAAGCCUCCUGGAGUUAUGAUCAGACCCUUCGCCCAUAGCCUUAACUUCAACUUCAACGUUUCUGAACCUGACACUUGGCAGCAUUAUGUGAUUAGUCUAAAUGGGUUUCUCCAGGGUUACAAUGACAGUCUUCAAGAGGAAAUGAAUGUAGACUGUCCCCCCGGCCAGUACUUCAUCCAAGACGGUGAUGAGGAUGAAGACAAGAAGGCCUGCCAAUUUAAGCGCUCCUUCCUGAAGAACUGCUCUGGCCUGGAAGACCCAACUUUUGGCUACUCUACUGGACAGCCUUGCAUCCUUCUAAAGAUGAACCGGAUUGUUGGCUUUCGUCCUGAGCGUGGAGACCCUGUGAAGGUUUCCUGCAAAGUUCAGAGAGGUGAUGAAAACGACAUCCGAUCCAUCAAUUACUACCCAGAGUCGGCUUCUUUUGACCUCCGCUACUACCCUUACUAUGGCAAACUGACUCAUGUUAACUACACCUCCCCGCUGGUGGCGAUGCACUUCACAGAUGUAGUGAAGAACCAGGCGGUGCCCGUGCAGUGCCAGCUGAAGGGCAAGGGCAUCAUAAAUGACGUCAUCAAUGAUCGUUUUGUGGGAGAUCUCAUUCAAGUCCUUGGUUGUUAAGUACCAUCGAUUUCUUCCCUGUGCUCCAAAUCUGUAUAUCCCAGAAGGCCUGCUUGAUAUCUCUAGUCUGGUCACUAAAAGACAUCACAAACCACAUCUCUGAAACAACUGCUCAAACUUUAAAACUAGGGGUCAUCCUUGUCUCCUUUCUUUCCUCUCAAUCUUUACAAUCCCCAUCCAAACAAUCUAUAAUAUCUGUCAAUUUUACUUUCAAAAAGUGACUCUAUAUGUGUUCAAUAGCUACAUGUUAAGGGAACAAAAAUGUAUGGAUCUUAAGUUUAAGAGAGAUGUCUA